AAGCAUAACUUGUUCUUGAAGAAGAAGGCAAAGAAAGCACGAUAUAAAGAAAGAGCAAACCAAACGUGUCCCCAUAACUCCAAAGUCGCUGGACUUGAAGGAUACGCCAUAUAACACGUUGCUUUCCCAUUUUCCUGAAAAACAAACCCUUAUUACGGCGGUGAAAGAAAAGCUCCGAUGUCGAAAACCUAGGUACUAUUCCCGUCCGGCGCCGUUAUUAUGCCGACUUAUACAGCAAUAGCCUUCGAGAAUCUUCUGGAACCUCGUAAAUCCUCCUACGCAAAGCAACAACAGCUAAUAAACGAGAGAAAUGAAGUUGCAGCGGCGAACCACAUAUAUAUAUCACCGGCGUUGUACAUAACACCUGAGCCAGCUCCGAUUCCAGAAACUUCUUCUGGUUCCCUCUCUCCUUCUCCUUAUGUAGUCAACCACAAGCGACGUGGCGGUGCCGCCUUUGCCAACCGGAAACUUGAUGAGCAAGUUAACAAUGACAACACUGAUUUAGAUUUGAAUUUGAAAGAGGAGGAGUUAUUAGCUUCAUUUGAAGAAGAAGAAGAAGAUGAGGGAUUUUUGGAUCCGAGAUGUGAUGUGUUUAGCGUUGCAAGUGUUAAUGAUUGCCGUAGCAUUGUGUCUGCUCAAGGCGAAUUCUUUGAUGCCGAUGAAGAUUUCACCUUGGAAGGAUCAUCUCUUAAUGGAUCUGCAUCUGGCGCUAAUAUUGAAUUGGAACUGCGUGCCACAAGGCUUAAACUCCUUGAGGAAAUUGAAAGGAGAAAUUCUGCCGAGGAUGCUCUUAAUAUGAUGCGAUGUCAGUGGCAGAAUAUCAGUAAUGUUCUAUCUGGGUUAGGGUUAACACUUCCUUCACCUUCAGAUGUCAUUGGUGGUAUGCAGUUUGAUAAUGCUUCAAUUGAGCAGCUCUCUCAGGAAGUAAUUGUCACAAGAUUUGUUGCUGAAGCAAUAGGAAAAGGUCAAGCUCGUGCAGAAGCUGAACUAGCUGCAGAGUCAAUACUUGAAUCAAAAAACCAGGAGAUUUCAAGGUUGAGAGACAGGCUCCGAUACUACGAGGCUGUAAAUCAUGAGAUGUCCCAGAGAAAUCAGGAAAUCAUUGAUGUUGCUCGGAAGCAGCGACAGAGGAAAAGAACCCAGAGGAAGUGGCUAUGGGGUUGUAUAGGGCUCUCUGCUGCCAUUGGCGUUUCAGUGGUUGCUUAUAAUUACCUGCCACAAACAAGUAAACAUCAACCAAUUGCAAACUCCAGUGAAUCGACAGGUGCUGGCACUCACGAAACUGCCUAACAUUGGUUAAUUACCUCGGCCAACAUGCACACACUGCAGAGUGUAGGGUUUUUAAGAAGAGUUAUAUGUAGGUUAGGUCUUGCGGCAAAAACAUGGCUUCACGCUGCAGUUUUGCUCUAAUAAAAGUUGGACGAGCUAGUUAAUCAUUGUUCAAAAUUUCAAGGUUUUGGUGCUACAUCAAGAGGGUUUGCUUAGUGCCUGUGCAGAUCAGAUUUCGAGGCUGAUAGCUAUUUGCACUUCGCUCACUUAAUAAUAGUGACCUGAGUUUGUUAGGUUUGUUGGGUCAUUUGAGAGCAUAAAUAUCUUUCGAUGUUGAUAUCUCUGUAUUGGGUACUGUUGACAGUUGGGUAGAUGAUCAGAUCAGGUCAGGUUUGUAUACCUUAGGCGGUCAGUAGGAAUGUUGUACUACCUGCUUUCAAUCUGUGAUAUAACAUUUCUAUUCAGUUAUUAUUCAAAGAGAGAGAUCUCUGUAAUGUUGGUUUGGCA